UUGAAACAUGACGAGAAACAAGUGAAACGGCGACGAGAUUUUGCAAGAUAUAGAUGGCGAUUACUUUCAAGGAAUUUAUUGAAACUACGAGAUGAAAAUUAUCGAAGCGAACAGAAUUUUAUAAUUUUCGAUGCAAUAAAAAAAUCAGAUCCAUCAGAAUGUGGUUCUUGGUACCAUGUAAAAGAAUGUCUGGCAUAUUAUUUUUUAUUAAAUAAAGAUUUAUGUGAGCAUAAAAGUUUAUUGGAAAUUGGAGCAGGUAUGACGGGUCUUAUUGGACUUGCAGCGAUUACAGCUAAUGCAAACCGAGUUGUAAUAACUGAUGGACAUAAAAAAUCAGUCGAGAAUCUCAAGCGAAUUUUUGAAAGGAACAAUUUAUUUCAUCAUCAUCGUGUUGAAUGUUUGCAGUUAGACUGGAAUGACCGACUUGAUAUUGGGCAGUUUGAUAUUAUCGCUUGUGCAGAUUGUUUGUUUUUUGUUGAAUCUCAUAACGUAUUGCUUGAUUGUAUUGAUAAUUAUUUAAAGAACGAUGGUAUUGCCUAUAUUAUGGCGCCUAGGAGAAAUGGUACGGCUGAAGGGUUUAUCAUUCUAGUAAAUCAGCAAAAACUCUACUGGAAUGUAUAUCAUCUAAAAUUCCCUUUUAAUAGUUAUUUCGAAAAUCUUGAUCAAAAUUCCAGUGAUUCCAUCGUUCCAUUAUUUUUUUGCUUGCAUAAAAAGAAUGCUUAA